CUUCGAUGGAUCAACUUAGUUAAUUUCUUUGUUGCUUCCUUCGCAGAAGCCUGAAGCAAACCCUAAGCCAAAGAAGAAGCAGGUUUAUUAGUUGCAAGAAGGAAAUAUAUAGAGGGAAGGAAGAUUAAUAAAAGAGCAGCAUUCAUGGAGAGGCUUAACUCGAAGCUGUACCUGCAGAACUACUGUAUAAUUAAGGAAAACGAGAGGUUGAGGAAGAAAGCCCAGCUGCUAAACCAGGAGAAUCAGGCUCUCCUCUUCCAGCUUAUGAAGCAAAGGUUGGCCAAACCUAACUCCCAUCCCCUUCCUGAGUUUAAUGCUAAACCAUUCAUGCCUAAUAAAGCAGAAGACACCAAACCAUAGUUAGUCUUCCUGGGUCGAAGAAGAAAAUACUACUCUUCACCGCAAUAAACCCUGUACGUACUGGU